AUAGGUACGUGUCCGAUAUGUCUAGUUGGGCGUUCACCAAAACUAUGUAUAAGACUCUCAUUUUAUGCAUAAAAAACUAUGUCAGUUUGUAAACAACACUUAACUGGGGUUGUAAAACAAACCCAAACUGCUCAUGUUUGGGUUGUUAAAAACUUGUUUGAGAUCGGUUUGAAACAUCAGCAAGUCAAGUUUGAGCACAUUUUGAAGUUUGUUAAUUUUUUGAGCUUUACUCAAUAUGCUAAUCAACACUUUCAGAUUACAUAAAACAAACCUAGCUAAUGGAGCUCAACUUGUGUUUGGCUUGAUUAAAUUUUGUUUGAGAUUGAUUCAAAAGAUAAAUAAAUCAAGCUUGAGCACAUUUCUUAAUCUCGCCAAUAUUUAUAACCCAUAAUCUGACUUGGCUUGGCUCAUUUACAACCCUAUUUUACCCUAAAUAAAUGAAAGAUGUAUUCAAGAACUAUGAAACUUAGCCAUGUGCUAUUCUCAUUAGGCAUGGGAAUUAGAUAAUUUUGACAAUUACAUACAUAAUCACAACUAGCACCUGUAACAUGGGACAUUGAUAUUUGUGUUGUAAUCACAAAUUAUACCUCCAUCUCUUUCUCUGAUGGGGGUGCAUGCUCAACUAUGCUUUGUAGAUUUCUAGUUCUAAUUGAAAAUUAUUUAACAUGUGUGUAUACUUUUGGUACCUCUCUCUCUCUCUCUCUCUCUCUCUCACACACACACACACACACACAAUCUCACUCACUCACUUCUGGGCAGGAAAGAUUUUAAAACUCGGAUUUAUCACUAUCAUGUGUGUCAAUAUUCAUUUGGUUUUCUGAAAUCAGCAUAUUAUUAUUUUUGUGAACUUCUAGCAUCUCUCUUUCUUUGUGGCUCAUUCUUUCUAUAUAUUUUCUUCUAGAUCUUCACCACAACUAAUGCUUGCACUAUUGAUGGUAUGGAUGCUGUGGAAUACGGUAUAAAUUUGAUUAAAUGAGUUAGCAUGGAUGCUGUGGAACGUGCUGAGGAGAAAAUGGCUACAAAUGAGGUACCGGCAAAUGCAGAACUCAAGAAAAAAGAUUGUGUUCGUGACCUUCCCAUGAAACCUGAAAGCCGCAAUAUGUUAGGAUCAUCUGCAUUGUAUGUAUCUGCGGGCAGCAACUGGCCUGAUAGAUCACCCCAUCCAUGUACCGAUCUACUAGGGGGCUAUAGUUCAAACAGAUGUGUAACUUCUUCGGUUGAGACUGAAUCUCCAUCUACAAACCCUUAUUCUAUGAAUGAUGCAGGGCUUGUGGUUGAAGAAUUAACUUUGAGCAAUUAUCAAAACCCAAAUUUAGCUUCAACCAGCCACUUAAACAUUAGGGAAGGGAUACGUUCUACACAGAGCCAAUGGCAACACUUGUUUCAGUUGACAGGCGGGCAUAGCAAUAGAAACGCAUAUGAUAAGUUUGGGUCCAAUGAAAAAGAUACGAUGUUGUUGAGUGCCAGGGAAGAUCUGCGGAGAAUGCAUUUUGCCAUUAAGGAUCUAAAAUCGUCAAGUAAGCAAAAGAAUUUAUUUCCAAGGGAAAUAUCUGUACAUUUAACAGAUGAUUAUGGAAAGAUCAUUCCAAGCAAUAUGAUACCUCUUGGGGGUAACCGAUCAAAGAUUUUGUCUACGUCUAGCUUUUCUCAGCUUUUUAUUAAGAAAGCUUUGAAGGGUAAGGGGGUUAUAUCCAGAAGGAUUGAGGAUCCUACUGAAUCUAAUAUUGCAGCUGGGGGCCAAAAUAAUGAAAAACAGGUUUCUGUAACCACCAUAGCUUCUAAUGCAAUCUUGAAUUCAAGUGCCAAAAAUGACAAUUCCUCUCAGCACAAUAUUGAUGGGAUCAGCUUGAGAGAGUGGCUAAAGCUUGGGUGCCAUGAGAUUAACAAAGUUGAAAGGUUGCUUUUAUUUAGGAAGAUUGUGCAAUUAGUGGAUUCCGCACACUCUCAAGGAAUUGUCUUGCUAGACCUACGUCCUUCCUAUUUUAUUCUGUUGCCAUCAUCAAGGGUUAACUACGUUGGUUCAUCAAGACUGGUUCAUCAAAGAGAAUGCAGCGAUAUGUAUCAGAAUAUCAAUAGAAAAAGGCCAUUAGAGCAAGAAUUGCAUACUUACAGUAAUUUAGGUGUGAAGCUGCAAAAGCUUGGCAUGCACAUGAGACCUCUGGGACAUCAAACUGAGUUCACCUCUAGACGUGGCAUUAUCCGUGAAGCUGUGAAUAACAUUGAUACUAAUGCUAGUGAUCAACAAGAUUUGGGGUAUACUGACCAUGGGUCUCAAAACAUUUCUAGCUACCAGAGUACAUGUGCUCCAUCACAAAAAUUAUCAAAUUUUACAUAUGUUCAAGUGGAAGAGAAGUGGUAUGCUAGUCCAGAGGAGCUUGAAGGGAGAGGCAUGUUGGCAUCAAAUGUCUACAGUCUUGGGGUUUUUCUAUUUGAGUUGCUCUGCUGCUUUGAAUCAUCGGAGGUGCAUUUUGCAGCAAUGUUGGAUUUGCGUCAUCGGAUUCUUCCUCCUCGUUUUCUUUCAGAAAAUCCCAAGGAAACUGCGUUUUGUCUUUUGUUUCUUCAUCCUGACCCUUCAUCUCGUCCAACAACAAGGGAAAUCCUGCAGUCUGAAUUAAUAUGUGGGUCUGAAGAAUUGCAUUCUAGAGGUGACUUGUCACCAUGUUUUUACAAUGAUGAUGAUAGCGAAUCAGAGCUACUUUUCCAUUUUCUACUUUCAUUGAAGGAAGAAAAGCAAAAGAAUGCCUCCAAGUUAGCACAAGAUAUAGGGUGCUUGGAAGCAGACAUAAAGGAGAUUGAGAAAAGGCACAUAACAAGUACAUUGUCCUAUUUGAUGGACAAGGACUUACCUGAUGCAAGAAAACAGGGGCCACUUGAAGAUCAUACACAUUCAGAUGUUCUUCCUAGAUCGUUCUCCAUGUCAAAUAUGGUUGAAGCAAAAUUGAUGAGAAAUGUUAGUCAGCUAGAAGAUGCUUACUUCUCUGUGAGAUCCCAAACCCAAUCCAAAGAAAAUGCUGCCACUGAACGCCUAGAUAAGGAUUUGCUAAGGAAUCGAGAGAGGUGGUCCAGAUUUCAGAUUGAGAAUGAGGCGAAUAGCAUGGAAGGAAAACCUGUUGGUCAUCUCGAAGCUUUUUACGAAGGUCUGUGCAAAUUUGCUCGCUAUAGUGAGUUUGAGGUGCGUGGAACAUUACGAAAUGGUGAUCUUCUUAACUCUGCAAAUGUGAUUUGCUCUUUGAGUUUUGACCGUGAUGAGGAUUACAUUGCUGCUGCUGGAGUGUCCAAGAAAAUUAAAGUUUUUGAGUUUGGUGCACUUUUGAAUGACUCUGGUGAUAUACAUUAUCCUGUUGUUGAGAUGACAAACAAAUCCAAGCUCAGCUGUGUUUGCUGGAACAACUACAUCAGGAACUAUUUGGCUUCAUCUGACUAUGACGGUGUGGUUCAGAUGUGGGAUGCAAGUACUGGUCAAGGAUUUGCUCAGUACAAAGAACACCAAAAGAGGACCUGGUCUGUCGACUUUUCCCAAGUGCAUCCAAAGAAGUUUGCCAGUGGAAGUGAUGAUUGUUCUGUGAAACUGUGGAGCAUUAAUGAGGAAACUUCUGUCAACACGAUCUGGAACCCUGCCAAUGUCUGCUGUGUUCAGUUCUCUGGUUACUCCUCUCAUCUGUUGGCUUUUGGAUCUGCUGAUUACAAGACCUACUGCUAUGAUCUUCGACAUACUAGAAUCCCUUGGUGCACAUUACCCGGCCAUGGUAAGGCUGUUAGCUAUGUGAAAUUUUUAGAUUCAGAAACACUUGUUUCUGCAUCCACAGAUAACACCCUAAAGCUUUGGGACCUCAAGAAAACCAGCUCAGAAGGGUCAUCCUCAGGUGCUUGCACCUUAACCUUUCGUGGUCAUGCCAAUGAGAAGAACUUCGUGGGUUUAUCUGUAUUCGAUGGAUAUAUAUCGUGUGGUUCUGAAACUAAUGAGGUUUAUACUUAUUAUAGAUCUCUGCCUAUGCCUAUUGCUUCACACAAAUUUGGGUCUGUUGAUCCCAUGUCUGGACAUGAGGUCAGUGAUGAUAGUGGGCAGUUUGUUUCAAGUGUUUGUUGGAGGGGAAAAUCAAACAUGGUUGUUGCUGCCAACUCGAGUGGAUGUAUGAAGUUGUUGCGGAUGGUGUGAGAAGAAGUUUGUUCUAUCUUAUUGUAUGAAUAUGAAUCAAAGUCAGUCCCCCCCAGAAGUUUCUUUGCAGCUUGCUUCUUUGAGUGCAACUGAGCCAUCAUGGAUCCCUCUCACUUGACUUAUAUGAUCUUUUGCUUUUUGUGCUUAUCCAGAACCGCAAAAGCAAAGAAAUUGAUGAACCUAACUAAUUUCUAUACUUGCAAGUCAGAAAUAUGUGGUUUCUUGGUAAUUUGUAGCUGCAAAUACAUCUGAAUGCUCUGCAAUGCACCAUUUAUGAACUAUUGAGUGCAACCCCGUAACUAGAGAAAUGCAUAUAUGACUGGAGUAAGCCCUGGGCUUUGAGCUGUCCUGCCUAUAAGAACUUGAGGUUUCCUCUUCAAGAAUCAUGGUACUCUGCACAUAAUAUUUCUGUCUGACAUGGUCAGUUCUUUUUUCAAAAUGUUGAUUGCAAAGGUUGUCUGACGUUGUGACCAGAAAUUUGUCAGCAGUGCAUUGUUCUGAUAACUAGCUAACCUGCUAAUGAGCUGAUAUUGGAAGAGGCAAGGAUGUCCUUGGAACUCAACAUUUUAAGCACCAGCUAGUUGUGUGAUUGCUUCUGAAUACACAUCUAUGUGGCUGAGGUACACAUACUUCAAUUUUUUUGAGGGAGAUGCCCCUUUUAUCUUGUGGGUUGUUCAUAUUACCCUUACAAAUUUGUGGGUUAUAUCAAUACAAGCAUUUUAUUGGUUUCUGUCUAGCUUGGGCUUUGUCCCCCAUGUGCCCGAAAAAAAAUAUUCGAGCAUUAAACUAUAGUUUGGUAGCAUUGUUCAGACAAAAAUACUUUGGAAUGACUUUAUCUAUCAAUAAUAUAAUGGAAAAAUGAAUUUACAUUAGUGUUAA